GGCAGUGCAAAUGCGGAGCAAAAACGGAACUCCUCUCAUAAUUUGAUGGUUGAUUAGUAUUUUGACUUAUAGAAUGCAGCACUUGUCUCAUAAUAAGUUGAUUCAUUAUUGUGAGUUACUGGAUAAUCCUAUUAGGCUAAUAAGUGAUAAAGAUAUAAAAAAUUGAUGCCCACAAAGCCUGAUGUGAAUGUUUUAAACAUGUCCGUGAAAAUGGCGUCCAAUCGCUUCCGUUGUCGUGAUGAACCUCGGCCAACUUUGGAAAAAAUUAGCAGUGCUUUCAUUGAUCCAUGCUUAACAUUAACCGAAGUAGCGCUUACUCAGUUUAUUGAGCCUACUUAUGAAGAGCCUUCAGGACUUUUAUCCUGGAGGAAGGUGUUUGCCCUUCCUCUGCUCCUGCUGUCGCUGGCGUUCCUCCCUCUGCUUGUCGUUGGCUUUGUUCUCAGAGCAUCAAUAAAUUUCUGGUGCCCCGGCCGCCUGCCUUACCGCUACCUUCGACUCAACAGAAAAGGGGCUGUAGCCAAGUCUCCGGAGGCUGAGCCGAAGGGCCAUCUCGUGUUCAUGACUGGCAACGUAUUGUUGAACUAUGAUCUCAUCGUGAAGUUCAAUAACGGCAGGCCUGUGUCGGAGAGACUACCUAUCGUGGCGGAGCAACUUGGGCGCCAGAAUUCGAAAUUGAAUAAAUUUCCUAAUUUAAAACUCCCUAUAUCGCAACUGAGAUCAAAGAAGGACGUCGUAGUUUCCGAGGCGUCGAAGCUGCCCAUCUUGGCGGCGACCUGCCGCGCCUUCAGCAGCACCACGAGCGUGGGGCGCAUCGCCUGCUACGGCGCGCUGCUGGCCAAGCUCGACGCCUCGCACGUGAAGCCAGGAGCUGUCGUUUACGUCACCAAUGUCCACAAUCAGGCCUACAACGAGACGCUUCUCGCCGCCGCCGCCACGGAGGCCCAGGGCUGGACCGAGGCGUUCAUCAAAGACACUUUGGACGCCGGCGAGCAGAUCCUGUGUACCAUUUACGGGGGAGACUUUAAUGGCGACAACAUUUCUCCUGCGGACCGGCCACUGCAGGAUCACCCCAUGUGGGGGGAGUACCUGGACGCGUGUCGCGUGGGGCCGGGAGAGGACCAGCCGUGGGCUGUAGGCACGGAGAUGCGUCAGAAGAAGAUGUAUCAUCACAACGUCGUCGACCACGAGAUCUUCGCUGACGUACUUAGAGAUGACGUGCAACGUCGCUUCUUUGUCAUCGAUGCUGAUGUUGAGGCUCACACAUAUGACCUGAUGAGCUGCGAGCCCGUGCCUGACGACGACGGGACGGUGCGUGCCAAGGCAUGGGGGGGACUACGAAGAAUUGACAGACUCUUGUUGCGCAGGACAAAGAGUAUAUCCAAUGACCUCACCGAGGCUGGAAUCAAACUUGAUGUUACCGCAGGUCAUAUGGGAAAAACCGCGAAAUCUAUGGAGAGUAAAAGUUUGUCAAAUACAGAGAAAACUUAUGCUAAUUUGCUGGAGGAUGGUUGCCGAGGGUCUCUACAAGAAAACAAGACAGCAGCGAAUCAAAAGGAUCGUAAUGAUGAUGAGGUAUCAGGAUUUGAGAAACUCUACGGCAAGAAAUACGAAGAGCUUGAAGAAGCUGACUUGCCUGUCAUUGAGAGCGUUUGGUUCCCUACUGUCCUUAGUAGUAUGACUGACCACAUUCCUUACGCUAUACAAGUUAAAGUAUCUACAAAACCUUAAUAUGACUGCAGAUUUCAAACACAUUCCCUUCUGUCCUUAGCAGUCUGACUGUUCACAUUCCUUACGCUAUACAAGUUUAAGUAUCUACAAAACCUUGAUAUGACUGCAGAAUACGAAGACAUUCCCUACUGUCCUUAGCAGUAUGACUGAUCACAUUCCUUACGUUGCAGAAUGCGUUCACUUACUUACAAAUUUUAGCUAAACGGAGUCUAGAAUUGGCGAUGAUUAAUUUUAGAACUUCAAGCGCUUGAUGAUAAUGAUUUUCCGAAAAAACCGUGUUAUAUGUGAGUAGUUACGUCGACACAAAUUCCGAAGUUGUUAUUUGUAUGUUUCCAGAUUUAAACAAAUUUGAUGCAAUAUUGCCCGUGCUAAGCAUUAACUAAGGAGCGGACACGGUGAUGCGCAAAAAUAAUACUAAACAAAAAAACUAUGUAGAACUAAGUAGACUAUACAUAAUAGCCAUUUAAGUUUUAAGUAAACUUAUAACUUGGUAUCCUCUAGGAAAGAUUGUGAGGUGAUACUUCUUGUUUAGUUACAAAGCCAAUGGCAAGAAAUGCGGUCACAAAUAAUACUUAAUGUCGCCAGUGAAAGAACGGCCGCGGCCUCCAAUUGACGAUCGUUAAACAUAAUCACGCACUCAGUAAAACUCUUUAUAAUUCAUUAUUCAUUUAAGCCUUGGGCUCAUGUUGCUUCGUCGGUGACUGAAGAUAUGAUUCACACUAGAUAUCUACGUUGAAAUAAAAUUGAUCGAACGUUGUUCCAAAGAAAUGAA